AUGCGGUGCAUUCGACAAAUUUGGCUUCUUUUGGGGCUAUUUGCAACGUUUGCCUUCAUAUUGGACCAAGGAGAAUGUAAACCCAAUCUCAACAGUCUCCCUCGGCGGCCCCCGAAGCCACGUAGACUGAAAUUCACCACAACUACUCCGGAACCGACUACGACUACCACAACGACGACUACGACCACACCACCACCGGAAACUACGACACUUCGAGGUUGGAAACGACCGCCACCCAGGCUACCCGGUCCGCCCGGACCGCCCAAACCACCUGGUCCACCUGGCCCACCUGGCCCACCUAGGCCACCCGGUCCACCCAGACCGCCCGGUCCUCCCAGGCCACCUGGCCCGCCCAGACCGCCAGGACCACCCAGCCGACCCAGUCGGCCCAGUAGAGGAACUCGACCGCCUCUACCACCACGGCCUACGAUCGAUCCUAACAGGAGGCCAAUACUACCCUUACUACAGUGGCCUCUGCUUCUUCCGAACCUGUUACCACCAAUAUUCACCAAUAGAUUAUAG